UGUUGUCUAACCAGCUAACGAUAUAACAUUCGAAUCUUCAGUAAUAACCAUAAACUAUGUGGCUGACCUACUUCGUAACAAGCAGCGCUUACAUCACUUCGCGAUUUGUGCUGUCACACACAGACAAGAAAACUGCGUUUUGGGAGUUUACCAAUGCGAUCUGUACUGUGUGACAUUGGAACUAGUCUACACAUGCCAACCGGACCUGGAGCACUCUGCGCGAGUUCUGUUCUCACCGUGACUCGACGAAUUUAUUUAGUCUGAUUGUGUAUGGUUGGUUCCUCUCGCGGAUUUACCCGCUUGGGCCUACCAACACAUUUCAACAUCACACGGUAUUUGCGGAACAGAACGUACCCUACGUUACCGUAGCUACCAUUUUUGCUACAGUGUAGCUGGCAAGCUAACACGGCUUCGAACAUUUCUGAACAAAUUUAUUUGUUAAUUGUGGCUGGACCCUUGUUAGUGAAAAAAUGUCCUGCACGUGCGCAUCUGCGGCGAGAUUACUCAUAAAUUCAGCACACAAAGGAUUCACUUGCUCUCGGAUUCAGUUGUUUGCAUUUGGUAGACCGAGUUCUCAUGAAGUUCAUCUGACUCGAAGAGUACCUGUGAGAUCAUUCUCAGAGACCGCAGUGUAUUUUGCAUCAAAAGAUGGAACAACGAAAGAUGGCUCAGGAGAUGGAAAGAAGUCUUUGAGUGAGGGAGCAGGGAAGAGAUCUGCAAGUUCAGGAAGCUCUGGGAAAGGAGGCAGCCAGCUCCGCUGCCCGAAGUGCGGUGAUCCCUGCACUCAUGUGGAAACAUUUGUCUCUUCAACACGCUUCGUGAAAUGUGAGAAGUGCCAUCACUUUUUUGUGGUGCUCUCUGAAACUGACUCAAAGAAAGGUCUGAAUAAAGAGCCGGAAUCUGCUGCAGAAGCUGUUAAACUAGCCUUUCAGCAAAAGCCACCGCCGCCUCCAAAAAAGAUCUAUGCCUACCUCGAUAAGUACGUUGUCGGCCAGUCCUAUGCAAAGAAAGUGCUAGCAGUGGCUGUGUAUAACCAUUACAAGCGCAUUUACAACAAUAUCCCAGCUGGCCCAAGACAGCAGGUUGAAGUGGAGAAGCAGACCUCCCUCACACCGCGAGAGCUAGAAAUAAGAAGACGUGAAGAUGAAUACAGAUUUACAAAGCUGCUGCAAAUUGCUGGAAUCAGUCCCCAUGGCAAUGCCCUUGGGGCCUCCAUGCAGCAGCAGGUGAACCAGCAGACCCCACAGGAGAAGAGAGGAGGCGAGGUCCUGGAUUCCAACCACAGCGACAUUAAACUGGAGAAAAGCAACAUUGUGCUGUUGGGCCCAACAGGAUCAGGGAAAACUCUUUUGGCUCAGACCCUCGCGAAAUGCCUGGAUGUCCCCUUUGCCAUCUGUGACUGCACCACUCUGACCCAGGCCGGAUAUGUGGGCGAGGACAUCGAGUCUGUGAUUGCCAAGCUGCUGCAGGAUGCUAAUUAUUCAGUUGAGAAAGCACAGCAAGGCAUAGUCUUUUUGGAUGAAGUUGAUAAAAUUGGAAGUGUCCCUGGAAUUCAUCAGUUGAGAGAUGUUGGCGGGGAAGGUGUACAGCAAGGUUUACUCAAACUUUUGGAAGGUACCAUUGUCAAUGUUCCUGAAAAGAAUUCAAGAAAAUUGAGAGGAGAGACAGUGCAAGUGGACACUACAAACAUCCUGUUUGUUGCUUCUGGUGCCUUUAAUGGACUUGACCGAAUAAUCAGCAGGAGAAAGAAUGAAAAGUACCUGGGCUUUGGCACGCCGUCGAACCUGGGGAAGGGGCGGCGCGCGGCGGCCGCGGCUGACCUGGCCAACAGCAGCGGGGAGGUGGACACGGUGCAGGAGAUGGAGGAGAAGGACCGGCUGCUUCGCCACGUGGAGGCCCGGGACCUCAUCGAGUUCGGCAUGAUCCCUGAGUUUGUGGGACGCCUGCCCGUGGUGGUGCCGCUGCACAGCCUGGACGAGGAGACGCUGGUGCGCAUCCUGAUCGAGCCCCGAAACGCCGUGGUGCCCCAGUACCAGGCCCUCUUCAGCAUGGACAAGUGUGAACUGAAUGUAACUCCAGAUGCCUUGAGAGCCAUUGCCAGACUGGCUUUGGAGAGGAAGACCGGUGCUCGUGGGCUAAGAUCGAUUAUGGAAAAGCUGCUGCUUGAACCCAUGUUUGAAGUGCCACAUUCUGACAUUAUGGCUGUGGAACUCAACAAAGAAGUCGUUCAUGGAAAAUCAGAUCCCCGGUACAUUAGGGCACCUGCCAAAGAGUCUGCUGAGGAGGAAUAUGAUUCUGGGAUUGAAGAGGAGAGCUGGCCACGACAAGCAGAUGCAGCCAACAACUGACAUGCUUGUCGCUCAUUUCAGGAAUUUAUUUAAAUAUAAAAAUGUAGAAUCUUAUCCCUUCAGAAAAUACGCUGUGGAUUUUUUGCAAUCCGUCGACAGAAAUGUAACAAUGUGAGAUCAGAAAGAACAUACUAUAACAGAGUAACAAUGUGAUUAUGUUUUUCUACAACAAAGGUUCAAACAGAGGACAAACAAAGUUAGGCUUGACCCUGUGAGACCCUGUUUCCAUGUAUUGGAACAGAAUUCUUUUUAGUGUUUGGAGGUGCAUUAACCGGGUGACCUACUCUAUUCUGUCUUUUCCUGAAAGAGGGACUGUUAACAUGUAUAUCUGUGUAAAGAUCAAUUAAUUUUAUUCUUAACAAAUUAAGUAGGUAGCUCUAUUUUGAUUUUGAAGACUCCGUUGAAACGGUUUGGGAACCAAAUGGAUAUAGAUGGGAUCAUAACCUACACUUGAAAAAGUAGAACUAGACACAUUCAAGUUUUUACCAAUUUAGAAAUUACAUGUAAUGGUCUUUUCAUUGAAGUGUUCAAAUCUGUUAUCACAUCAAUUUUUGUUUUCAUUUUUUGAUUUAAACUGGCUUAUUGGUGUUAAGCAGUUCUACUGAAAUGGAGUUUAAAAGGUCAUGCACCUGACAGUAAUUUGGAAGUUAUGAUUUUGUACACUAGCAAAUUUCACAGAGCAAAUGUUGAAAGCAACAUUUUUAAACUGUAAAAAAUUGACAGUUCUGCUGCUUAAAAGGGAUUUCUCAAAAUUAUUCACAUAUGCAUAAUUCCAGAGGAAGUACAUGUAUGCAUGUCUGUUGACAUUUUAAAGGAACUGGACUUAAUACACAAACCAGCUUUUUAACACUUACACUGGGGGAGUUUGAAAGCUUUUUUUUCUCUCCUCCAUGUAGUCAUGCAGUGUUAUGUUUCUUAUGGAACAGCCAUUUUCUCCUAAGUGUUAAAGCCAUUCUGUAUCUUCAGGUUGAACCACACUUCAAUCCUUAGCAAAGCCUCUACACGUUGGCUGAACACUAUAUUGUAACUGUACAUUCACUUUCUGUUUCUUCUAAAGAAACAUUGCUUUUUUUUUUGGUUUGGAAAUUGCUACCUAUUCAUUUUGAUCCAAUGCAUACAGGUCAAAAAGCAAACUUAUUUGCCCUAAAACAUUUGUGAACCUCAAGGAUUUCUAGAUGUGAUUGUUUAAAAUAUGAAUAAAGUUGUACAUCUCUGUAUAAA